AUGAAGAUAACAGACUUGCAGAAUGAGGUCAACCACCUCCUGUUUCUUUAUUUCACAUCUAUAGGGGUCAUCCAAAGAGAUGCGGGACUAGGAGACAUUUACGACAAGAUGGAAGAGCUGAAGAGAGAGAUUGAUGACUGCCGAAAAAGGAUUAUGCGGCUCAUGGACUCUGAGGAAGUGGAUGUAGAACUCUGCAAUGACUACAAAGAAAUCAUCACCGAGGGUAAGGAAUUUGUGAGAGAUGGGCUGAGUUUCCUUGACAAGCUUCUGAAGAAAGACUAUGGACCUGGAAACUAUUAA